AUGGCGAAGGAGCUUCAUGCUGGAGCGAGAGGAGCAAGAGAGGUUGGAGUAGGAGAGGAUGGAGUUGGAGCAGCAGCAGCAGCGGGAUCUACAGCAGAGGGAGCAGCAUUAGAAGGAGGGGGAGGAGGAGGAGGAGGAGGAGGAGGAGGAGGAGGAGGAGGAGGAGGAGGAGGAGGAGGAGGAGGAGGAGGAGGAGGAGGAGGAGGGGCAGCAGCAGCGGCAACGGCAGCAGCAGCAGCAGCAGUGGCAGCAGCAGCAGCAGCAGCAGCAGCAGCAGCAGCACCAGCAGCACCAGCAGCAGCACCAGCAGCAGCAGCAGCAGCAGCAGCAGCAGCAGCAGCAGCGGCAGCAGCAUCAGCGGCAGCAGCAGAGGUGGCAGCGGCAGCGGCAGCAGAAGCGGCGGGGGCGGCGGCUGCGGCAGCAUAA